AUGACAAUUAAGUUGGUCAUUGGGGGUUUUACGCUACAUGUGUGUAGUGUUUAUGCGCCGCAGGUGGGCUUGGAAGAGCAGGUGAAAGUGAUAUUUUGGGAGGAUUUGGAUGAGGUGGUGAGAAGCGUGCCUAGUUCGGAGAAAAUUGUCACAGCAGGGGACUUCAAUGGGCACAUUGGGGUCUUACCGGGAAGCUAUGACGAUGUGCAUGGAGGUUUUGGUUUCGGGGAUAAAAAUAGUGAGGGAGCUGCUCUGUUGGAUUUUGCGAGGGCCUUUGGGCUGGUGGUAGUGAAUUUGAGCUUUUCGAAGAAAAAGAAUUACCUGAUUACCUUCCGAACGCCGUAUUAG